AUGACGAAGAGAGGGAUUGAGCCCAAUCCCGCCAAAGUCGAAGAAAUUCUCGACAUGCAACCACCCACAACCGUUCGGGAGGUACAACAAUUGACCGGGAGAUUGGCAGCCCUGAGCAGAUUCCUGUCAAAGUUGGCAGAGCGCGCUUUACCUUUCUUUAAAGUGCUGCGCAAGGUUAAUGGGUUUGUGUGGGACGAUGAGUGUCGAUCAGCUUUUGAUGAGUUGAAGGAGUAUUUAAUGUCUCCGAUCGUGCUAUCUAAACCCGAGCCUGGGGAAGAGCUUGAUGUUUACUUGGCCGUAUCCGAUCGGGCUGUCAGUGCGGUGCUAUGUCGGAUAAACCCGGAAGGGGUUCAGCGACCGAUUUACUAUGUGAGCCAUGCGCUCCUUGGACCGGAGCUUCGCUACUCCCGAUUGGAGAAGAUUGUUUAUGCCUUAUAUACGGCGGAGAAGAAAUUAGCUCCUUAUUUCCAAGGACGACUCACACGUGUUUUGACGGAUCAACCAAUCGGAGCAGUCCUCCACACCGUUUCUUCAUCUAGACGCUUAGUCAAAUGGGCGUUAAUGUUAACACAAUAUGCUAUGGACUACCGACCGCGACCGCCUAUCAAAGGCCAGGCUUUGGCCGAUUUUUUGGUCGAGUGCACCGCUCGGGAUACCCAACCUUCAGACAUGCAAGAUCCCGAGGCGGCCUGGUGGUCGUUGGCCACUGAUGGGUCGAGUAGCAAAAAGGGAGCAGGCGGUGGAGUUGUGAUCACGAGCCCGGAGGGGUUUAAAGUCUAUUAUGUUCUAAUGUAUCAGUUUACCCCAACUAAUAACGAAGCAGAGUAUGAGGCGUUCGUCAAUGGCCUACAGUGCGCUCGGGAUUUGGGGGUUGAUUAUAUCCAGGCCCAGACUGAUUCCACGUUGGUGGUCGGGCAGGUCUUUGGCGAAUAUGAAGUCAAUGGAGAACGGUUGCAAGCUUACGGUGACUUGGCAAUGGAGAAACUGAACUUAUUCCAGGCGUAUACUGUUUGCCAUGUUCCCCGAUUGGAUAUUGCUGAUGCGGAUAUCCUAUCGAAGUUAGCACAAGACGCACCUGAGCAUAUGUUUAAGAUUGCUCAGAUUUUGAUGAUUCCGAGACAUAGUAUUCACCGUUUGUCGGUCGUCCCUAUUCAACCGGCUGAGGAAACUUGGAUCUCCGAGUUAAUGGAAUAUCUAUAG